AUGGCCGGAAACAAUUCUACGGUCAUCCUCGCAGUGUCUUGGACAGAAACAUGCAUUGGUUUAUCCCUUUUCGGUCUUCGGUUCUUGAGUAACUGGAAAUUUGUGGGGCGGUUCAGAUGGGACUUUGUUGUCGCUAGUUUGACGGUGGCAACCGAGAUUACUGCCCAGGUGUUCCUGCAGUUUUCAGUUAAUGCUGGAAUGGGCCGUCACUUGGAUGAGCUCUCGGACUCGCAGAGAGUUACAGCGCUGCACUGGUCAUGGGUAUUCCAGUUACUCGCAAUAGCUGCUAGCAUGCUUGGAAAGCUUGCAAUUCUCACCUUCCUUUUCCAGAUUCGUGGUCGUCAUGAGAAGAAGCCUUGGUUCUUGAUUAUCCUGGGUGUUCUCAUUGGGACAAUCAACAUUGCCGUUCUUGGAACCAUUCUGGGGCAAUGCAAGCCAAUGCACAAAUUGUGGGAUGAUAGCGUUGAAGGAACCUGCGACCCGGGGCGCAAAAUGAAUCAGAACUAUUCAUUCUUCCAGGCUAACGCCCAAUCCUCCCUCCUCAUCUGGGCCUCGACAGAAGCUUGGAUCGUCAUCAUCGUUGGCUGCGUACCACCCAUCCGACCUCUCAUGGAAAAGGUAAUGCAGCGACUGGGUUUCACCUCAAAGAAAACGUCGACGCCCUACGAGUACCGCAACUCGAGCGGACGUGCAGCAUAUGGCACGAACAAGUCCAACUUGGUUAGCCACUCACACUUUCAGUCCAACGCAUAUGGGGGUAGAAAGUCAUUUGACGAUGACCCGGGCUGGAUGGAGCUCACCACAUCUGGUGGGACAAAUGGAAGCAAGGAACAUAUCAAUGCACAGAAGGAUGUUAUGCGCAUAUGCAUUCUCAACCACCCCCGCCGGCGGGAAGUCGACCUCUCCGAGCUGACCCCGACGCCGAUCACCCUUUUGUCCGAGACCGAAUCCCUGAUGGCCGACUCGGUAUCGAAGUUCGCCGUGGAGCAAAUCGGGCCGAAGGUACGGGAAAUGGACGAAGCCGAGACCAUGGACCCGAAGGUCGUGGAGCAGCUCUUUGAGCAGGGCUUGAUGGGCAUCGAGGUGCCAGAGGAGUUCGGCGGCGCAGGGAUGAACUUCACCGCGGCGAUCGUCGCGAUCGAGGAGCUGGCACGCGUCGAUCCCAGCGUCAGCGUGCUGGUCGAUGUUCACAACACACUUGUCAACACCGCCAUCAUGAAGUACGGUGAUGCUCAGGCCCAGCGUACCUGGCUCCCCAAGCUGACUACCGGCACCGUCGGCUCGUUCUGUCUCUCCGAGCCUGCGUCUGGUUCCGAUGCCUUCGCGCUCCAGUGUAAGGCCGAGAAGACCGCCGAUGGUUAUAAGAUCAAUGGCUCUAAGAUGUGGAUUACCAACUCUAUGGAGGCUGGUAUCUUCAUCGUCUUUGCCAACAUUGACCCCAGCAAGGGCUACAAGGGCAUCACUGCUUUCAUUGUUGAGAAGGAUACCCCCGGCUUCUCAAUCGCCAAGAAGGAGAAGAAGCUUGGAAUCCGCGCUAGCAGCACUUGUGUGCUCAACUUUGACGACUGUGUCAUCCCCAAGAGCAACCUGCUCGGCGAGGAGGGACAGGGAUACAAGUAUGCCAUCAGCGUGUUGAACGAGGGUCGUAUUGGUAUCGCCGCUCAGAUGACCGGUCUGGCUCUCGGCGCAUGGGAGAACGCCGCACGAUACGUUUGGAACGACCGCCGCCAAUUCGGUGAACUCAUCGGAAACUUCCAGGGCAUGCAGCACCAGAUUGCGCAGGCCUACACCGAAAUUGCCGCUGCCCGCGCUCUCGUGUACAAUGCCGCCCGUAAGAAGGAGGCCGGCCAGGACUUCGUCCAGGACGCCGCCAUGGCUAAACUCUACGCCUCCCAGGUUGCCGGCCGGGUGUCCAGCUCUGCUGUUGAGUGGAUGGGUGGCAUGGGCUUUGUCCGUGAAGGUAUUGCUGAGAAGAUGUUCCGUGAUAGCAAGAUUGGUGCUAUCUACGAGGGUACCAGCAACAUCCAGCUGCAGACUAUCGCGAAGCUUCUCCAGAAGCAGUACACGAACUAA